GCGACGUGCGACGGCAGAUUCGCGGGCGAACGGAGGAGCCAGCCAAUGGCGCCGGUGUCAGCCUUGGUCACGGAGCUCUACAUGAGCGUGUGCAAGUGGUACGACCGUAUCAUCAACUUCAACACCACCAUCCAGCCAUCCACAAGGACCCUGUACGAGCCUGAUGUGCCAUUCGAGAAGGCCACUUUCGGCAUGGGCUGCUUCUGGAAAUCCGAGUCCUUGUACGGUUGCGUCAAGGGAGUUUUGCGGACCACCGCUGCCUAUGCCGGAGGCAGCAAGAAGGAUCCCACCUACCGCUCACUGUCCGACUACACCGAGGUGGUGCGCAUCGAGUACGACCCCAGAGAGACGAGCUUCAGAGAGCUGCUGAAGCUCUUUUGGCCGAACCACGAUCCGACCCGUGAACACGUCUCCAGGGAGUACAUGUCCAUCAUCUUCUGCCACAAUGAUGCCCAGGAGAACGAGGCGCAGCGGUCGCUGAAGGAGAACCAAAAGAACUUCAGCGCACCCAUAGUCACCAAGAUCCUCAAGCUGGAACAGUACCACCUGGCUGAGCAGCACCACCAGAAGUACCGACUCCAGCGUCAAACCGCGCUGUACAAGAGCCUGCUACAGUCCGGCAUGAAGGACGUGACCCGGAGCCACGUGGCGACUCGACUCAACGGCUACGUGUCCGGCUACGGCACCAUGGCCGCAUUCAAUGCUGAAUGCAACCAGCUGGGCCUUUCCUCUGACCAGAUCGACGCCGUUCGCGCCCUCAUCCGAAAAGGCAGACCUCGCUGAGAGUCCCGCGAGGAGCACUCGCUACGCACGAGCAGGGGUCGCGCUCGGCUGGACACGGGAUGGUUUUACUCGACAUAACUAUAGAACAUUAGAUUUUAUUUUCGAAUAAAUUACGUCCUGUCAGACAUGGCCGUAUUUUUUGUAUCAUCAAUUUGCAAUUGCGUUCUAUCUCCAGCUCCAAGGCUAUAGGCUCGUCGCCUACAGCACUAUUUGGCGGCGUGACUGUUUCGGCUAAUUCACUCUGCAGAUAAAUUGCCUCAAACCUGUUUGAACCAUUGUUAUUUAUGUUUGUAUGUGUAAAUAUAGAAAGUGAUGAAAUACUUUUCGCGCUAAAUAAAGAGGAACUACAAAUUUUUUUCAACACGCGAAUAAAACUUUCAUGAUCACA